CCUAAUCAGAAUGCUGAAGACCACCACAGUUGUAUCGACCCCUUUUUCAAGCAUUAUGCAUGCAAACGGACAGCGUCGACAGCCCGCCCUGCAUUAGCGGCAUGGAAGCCACUUAAAAGUAAAGGAGAAACGCUUUACGUACAGCAGAAAGCCCCGCGGCUUCACGGGACGGACGUUGGAAUACUGUAUUCGGGCUUACUUGCAUUCAUUCUUUUUAACGUGGACAAUCAUGGUUUUAUUGCUUUGGGGUCUAAGCGUUUUAGUUUUCCUCACUGAUUUUAUGAAUGCAGCAGCGUCCGUAGGCAGACCGCGAAGUUUGGAAAAAGCGAAAUUGCCCGAGUUUGGCGCGUAUGAUAUUGUAACUCCAGUAAGAGUGAAUGAAGCCGGUGACAAAUUGCCAACGGGCGUGCACUUCAAAAGGAGAAAGCGGAGUACAGACCCAAUAACCAGCCACAUCUCCCAUCAUUGGGCCUCGCCGCACGUCUAUUAUCAAAUAUCGGCUUUUGGGCAGGACUAUAUCCUUAACCUUACGCUCGAGUCGGGAUUUAUUGCACCAGUUUACACUGUCACGAUACUUGGAGCAUCCAGUCUAAAUAAUUCAGAGGAGGAGGAGGACACGGAGUAUCAGCAUUGUUUUUACAAAGGACAUGUGAACGGUGGACAGCAUACUGCAGUCAUCAGCCUCUGCUCCGGUUUGCUUGGCACUUUCAGGUCACCUGAAGGGGAGUAUUUUGUGGAGCCCCUUCAUAGCUACAAUGGUGAAGACUAUGAAGAAGAACACAUCAAACCUCAUAUUGUAUACAGAAAAAAUGCCUCAAAGUCGACUGUAGAAGAUUCGAACUCAUGUGAAACUUCAGGACAUAAAGAGCCACACAGCAGACACAGGGACAGACUGAGGAGAAAAACGUCCUCAAGCAUGCUGUCCGACCUGGAGACUCUUAAUUCCAGACUCCCCUCUACGGAAAACAAGCACAACUCUGCUAAUGAAAGCAGUAACUCCAAGCCACACCAGAGAUCAAAGCGUUUCCUUUCCUACCCCCGUUUUGUUGAAGUCAUGGUUGUGGCAGACAGCAAAAUGGUGGAACAUCAUGGAAGCAACCUCCAGCACUACAUACUUACCCUGAUGUCCAUUGUUUCCUCUAUCUAUAAGGAUCACAGCAUUGGAAACCUGAUUAACAUUGUAAUUGUGAAAUUGGUCAUUAUAAAGAACGAGCAGGAUGGACCCAAUAUUUCUUUCAAUGCGCAGUCCACUUUGAAAAACUUCUGCAUAUGGCAGCAGAGUCAAAACAACCCGGAUGACAACCACCACUCACACCAUGACACCGCCAUCUUAAUCACAAGGCAGGAUAUUUGUCGAACGCAGGACAAAUGCGACACUUUAGGUCUUGCUGAGCUGGGAACAGUUUGUGAUCCGUAUAGGAGUUGCAGUAUUAAUGAGGAUAACGGACUAAGUACGUCUUUCACCGUCGCUCAUGAGCUCGGCCACGUGUUUAACAUGCCUCAUGAUGAUAGUAACAAAUGCAAGGAGGAUGGAGUUAAGAACCAGCCACAUGUGAUGGCACCUACGCUCAACUAUAACACUAAUCCCUGGAUGUGGUCCAAAUGCAGUCGGAAAUACAUCACAGAGUUCCUCGACACAGGGUAUGGUGAGUGCCUGCUCGAUGAGCCCGUUUCUAGGCCAUACGGUUUGUCCCAGCAGCUGCCUGGACAGAUAUACAACGUCAAUAAACAAUGUGAACUGAUAUUUGGGCCUGGGACCCAGGUGUGCCCAUAUAUGAUGCAGUGUCGGAGACUUUGGUGCACCAGUCCAGAUGGAGUCCAGCGAGGCUGCCGGACCCAACACAUGCCCUGGGCUGAUGGGACAGAAUGCUCUCCAGGAAAGCAUUGUAAACAUGGGCAGUGUGUCGCUAAAGAGCCUGAAUCGUUUCUAGUGGACGGAGCCUGGGGAGCGUGGAGUCCCUUUGGCACAUGCUCCAGGACCUGUGGAGGAGGAAUCAAGAUUGCUGUGCGUGACUGCAGCCGACCCGUGCCCAAAAAUGGGGGAAAGUACUGCGUUGGACGCAGGACGAGAUUCCGUUCCUGCAACUCUGAGCCGUGCUCCGAGCAAAAACAAGACUUCAGGGAGGAGCAGUGUGCCAGCUUUAAUGGCCGCCACUUCAACAUCAAUGGUCUACCUCCAAAUGUUCGCUGGGUGCCAAAGUACAGCGGAAUUUUAAUGAAGGACCGCUGUAAGCUCUUCUGUCGGGUGGCAGGCAGCACAGCUUACUAUCAACUCAGGGACCGAGUCACUGAUGGAACGCAAUGUGGGCCUGACACCAACGACAUCUGUGUACAGGGUCUGUGUAGGCAAGCAGGAUGUGACCACGUGUUGAACUCCAAGGCCAGGAGAGAUAAAUGUGGGGUGUGUGGUGGGGAUAACUCAUCAUGCAAAACUGUUGCAGGAACAUUCAACACUGUGCGUUAUGGUUAUAAUGUUGUGGUGCAGAUCCCCAGUGGUGCUACUAACAUAGAUAUAAGACAACACAGCUACUCAGGGAAACCAGAGGAUGAUAACUACCUCGCUUUGUCCAACAGCCGCGGAGAAUAUUUACUCAAUGGAGAUUUUGUGGUCAGUAUGUUUAAAAGGGAAGUCAAAGUUGGAAAUGCUGUCAUAGAGUACAGUGGAUCCGACAAUGCGAUCGAGAGGAUCAACUGCACUGAUCGCAUAGAUGAGGAGAUUGUUGUCCAGGUGCUAUCUGUAGGUAACCUGUAUAACCCAGACGUCAGGUAUUCCUACAACAUUCCCAUAGAAGACAAACCUCAGCAGUUUUUUUGGGAUGCGUACGGCCCUUGGCAGGAUUGCAAUCUUCUGUGCCAAGGAGAGCGCAAGAGGAAAGUAUUGUGUACUCGUGAGUCAGAUCGUGUGAUGGUGUCUGAUCAGCGGUGCCAUGGCUCUUCUAAACCAUCUGUGGUCACUGAGCCCUGCAACACAGACUGUGAACUCAGGUGGCACGUUGCUCGCAAAAGCGAGUGCACAGCCACAUGUGGACCAGGCUAUCGCACGUUAGACAUUCAAUGCACCAAACAGAGCAGACUGGAUGGAAAGACCCAGAAGGUUGAUGAGCGUUACUGCAGUAGCCAACGCAAGCCUGAUGAUAAGGAGGAGUGCCAUGGAGACUGCAACCCUGGUCGAUGGGAGUACUCAGACUGGGGAAAGUGCUCCAAAAGCUGUGGAGGUGGAACGCGCCAUAGGAAUGCAAAAUGCAGAAAGUCAACAGAGAAUGGUGAUGAAAGCAGGUGCAACCCAGAAGAAAAGAUCUCUGUCCAGCAGUGCAAUGACUUCCCGUGUCCUCAGUGGAAAACUGCAGAGUGGUCAGAGUGUUUGGUGACUUGUGGGAAGGGCUACAAGCACCGCCAGACGUGGUGUCAGUUUGGAGAGGAGCGCCUAGACGACCGCUUUUGUGAUUCCUCCAAACCAGAGUCAGUACAGGCCUGCCAACAGCAAGAAUGUGCGUCUUGGCAGAUGGGACACUGGGGACAUUGCACCACCACGUGCGGUCCGGGUUACCAGAUGAGAGCUGUGAAGUGUGUGGUUGGUGAAUAUGGAUCGGUCGUGGAUGACACGGAUUGUAAUGCAGCAACACGUCCAACAGACACUCAGGACUGUGAACUUUCUCAGUGCCCUGUCACACAUCCUGUUGGCCGAGAGACUAAAGUGAUGUCACAUCCCGGUCAUAAAACACAGUGGCGCUUUGGAUCAUGGACACAAUGUAGUGCCACCUGUGGAAAAGGAAAUCGUAUGCGCUACGUGAGUUGCCGGGACCAGCAGGGUGGUGUGGCGGAGGAAUCGGCCUGCUCCCAUCUGCCAAAACCUCCAGCUUCGGAGGUUUGCUCUAUAGUGGCGUGUGGACAGUGGAAGGUUCACGAAUGGACUGCGUGCUCCGUAUCCUGUGGUCAAGGUAAAACUGCUCGGCAGGUCGUAUGUGUAAACUUCAAUGAUCAAGUUGUGGAGAUGACUGAGUGUGAUGCCGACGAUCGCCCAGCCACAGAGCAGGAGUGUACCAUGCCCCAGUGUCCAUCUCGCUCCAGCGAUCGCGAGGACUUUACACCUAACCCUGAUUCCCGGAAAAAGGUCAUUUCCACCGGCCGAGCUAAUCGUAACAGAGCUGGUACACCUCAGUCACAUCUGUGGAGGAUUGGACCAUGGGGGGCAUGCUCGAGUACCUGUGCCGGAGGAUUUCAGAGGCGUGUGGUAGUGUGCCAGGAUGAAAAUGGCUAUCCUGCCAGCAACUGCGAUGGAAGUACACAGCCCAUAGAGCAGCGCUCCUGUGAAUCCGGCCCCUGCCCUCAGUGGUUUUAUGGCAGUUGGAGUGAGUGUUCCAAGUCCUGUGGAGGAGGGAUAAAAACUCGCUUGGUUGCUUGUCAGCGGCCCAACGGGGAGCGAUUUAACGAUCUGAGCUGUGAAAUUCUUGACAAACCACCGGACCGAGAGCAGUGCAAUACUCAGUCCUGCUCUGUUAACCCUCACUGGAGCACAGACCAAUGGAGCUCGUGCUCUGCUUCCUGUGGGAAAGGCUUCAGAUAUCGUAAUGUGACGUGCGCCAGUCAGUCCGGCCAGCCAAUCACAGAGGAGAACUGCAUGCACCUGCCCCUCCCACAUAAGCAAAAGCGGUGCAGAGGUGGGAGGUGCCCCAAGUGGAAGACAGCAAGCUGGGGAGAGUGUUCGUCAUCGUGUGGGAAUGGUCUGCAGCAUCGAGAGAUCUCUUGUGUAAUUGAGGGUGAACACAAAACGCAGGAGUCUAAAUGUUCUCGACUCCCCCGUCCCCCCUCUACCAAACCCUGUCGAAUCCCUGACUGUGUCUCAAACUCCAGAUGGAGCAAAGGGGACUGGCAAGAGUGCAACAAAACUUGUGGUAUCGGCCACAAGUAUCGAGCAGUGGUGUGUUUGGAUGAGGAGGGAUCUGAGGUUCAUGACAUGUACUGCGAUAACCAAAUGAAACCAGCUGAUAUUGAAACCUGUAACACACAGCCCUGUGAGUUCAUCUGGAUUACAGGAGAGUGGUCUGAGUGCUCAGUCACCUGUGGUGAGGGGUAUCAGAGGAGGCUGGUGUCCUGCAGUGAGGUUCAUGCUGGGAUUGAUAAUUAUGAGUAUGAUUUUAACUCUUCCAUCAACUGCCCCGGCACUCCUCCUGAGGCCGCCAUGCCCUGCUUUCGGUUACCUUGUCCUGCCCCACACACUUGGAGAGUGGGUAUAUGGGGACCUUGUUCUGCAAGCUGUGGAAGUGGCUGGCAGAAGAGAAGAGUGGAGUGUAUUUCAGAAGAGGGUGACGUCACUGACAAAUGCCCCGCCUCCUCUAAACCCGAGCAACGAAAAGCCUGUGUCAAUCCCUCUUGCCAAUUACCCACUAACUGCAGAGGUGUGCAGCUCCAGAACAGUUUAUUUUCUGAUGGAGAACAGAGUUUAAACAUAAACGGGAAAGCGUUAAAAAUUUAUUGUUCAGAUAUGAACACAGACAGUCCCAAGGAAUAUAUUUCAUUGCUCACUGGGGAAGAAGAGAACUUCUCUGAAGUCUUUGGAUACAGGCUAAUGGAUCCCACACACUGUCCAUCCAACUUAAGCAAGAGAGAAGAUUGCCCGUGUAGGCGUGACUACACAGCAGCAGGUCUCUCUGCGUUCACAAGAGUCAGAGUGGAUCUUAAUAAAAUGACCAUUAUAACUACGGACUGGAAGUAUGCCAUCAUCCAUGAAGGGCAAAAAGUUCCUUUUGCCACAGCAGGGGACUGCUACAGUGCUGCACGCUGUCCACAGGGCCGGUUCAGAAUCAACCUGUCAGGAACUGGGUUUAAGGUUUCAGAUGAGACCACCUGGAUUUCUCAAGGAAACUAUGCCGUUGCUGACAUACACAAAUCUCAGGAUGGCAGUAGAGUAACUGGUAUAUGUGGUGGUUAUUGUGGCAAAUGCACUCCCUCUUCCAGAUCUGGACUUCUUGUUGAAGUUUCAUGAUGCACUGGUAAUUGUCAGGUCUGCUGUUCAAAUAUCAGUAGAGUUAUAUUAAAGUUUUCAGUAUGAAGAAGCAGAAUUUGACCUUUUCUAAACAUCCUGUCUGACAGAAGGUGACAGCGGCUCAGGUCUUUAGAUCCAAUGGAACUGAAACAGAAUCUUUGGCAGCAUGUCAAACUACAAACAUAUUUUCUUGUUUGUUUGUUUGUUUGUUUUAUUGAUGAUGUUCAAAUGCUUCUUAAUGGAGUCUUUUCUUUAUCUGUGGUGCUAAAGAAAGUGAAGAACAUACUUUUUUAUCUUCUUUUGUAAUUUUACCAAAAAGACUAUGUCAGGUCUUUUUAAAGAUUGUUUAUGAUCUGCAGGGUGCUGUACACAUAUUUUUGGGUAAUAUUGUCAAAGGAAGCAAUUUUUCUUUCUGACUAUUAUUUGAUAUAAUGAAAUGUUCCUCCUUUAAAAUGCAUUAAUAACAUUUUUGAAAGUAUUGAUGUACCACACACUUUACAUAUGAGCCAUAAGAACAGUGAAGUGUUUACAUCUGGGAAAUAUUAAUGCUAAAAUCGAAUGCAUAAUUUGAAUAGUUGAUGAUUAUCCUAAUAGAGGACAUAUGUUAUGUGUUAUUUAUAAGCAAAAAUGAGCAGAGUGAGCCUAAAUAAAAAAAGUCAAGAACGGUUUGAAAACACACACAAAGGUGGUGCUAGUAUGUUUAGUCACUCAGGAACAUUAUUGUAGCUCUGAAUAGAGCAGUUGGCCAUCAUUUAGUCUCAUCUAAAGCAAACAAAGCUUUAAUUCAGACAAAUUCACCAGUCUUUUAAAACAUGUAUGCUAAUACUAAUUAUAUAUGUUCACAAAUAUGUACCCAUAUACUGAAAUAGAUAAACUGUAUCUAAAUAGUGAUGCUGUUGUGCAAUAAUGUAUCUUACAAGCUUUGCAAGCUUAUGUGAUUUUUAGACCUAAAAAGAUUUUUAGACUUUCCGGUCAUUGGGUUUGACACAGUGGUUGGAUGGAGGACACUUGUUAGUGUGAGAAAAGAUGUCAGAUGAAUGGCAAGGGAGAAGAAAAUGUUUCAUAUUUGAAACCUUGCAAAAACUUGUUUAUUGCCCAAAUAGUUAAAGGCUAUUAUGGACCCAGUAGCAGGCUAGAAGUACAGUAGUAACGUCUAUCAGACUAUUUCAUAGGAAGUGUCCCACUCUUUGUUUUGUUUUUUUAAGUUUGUUUUUUAUUGUUGUAUAAUCAUUUUAAAAAAAUGCCUACCUCAGUUCUUUGGCGGUUAUAAGCUUUUAUCUGUUUUUAAA